UUUAUCUUUCGUGUCUAACCAAGCAGUUACAAGCAAAAACAACUAUAUAAAAGAACUACGAAGAAAUAAAUCACAUUGACUUUUUUACGUUUGGUUUAGCACAUAAUAGUUUAUGGUAAAUUAUUGUGAUAUAAAUGUGUGGUUAUUUGUAAUAAUUUAUAUUCAUAUAAUAUUUAUAUAAGGAUAAGGUGGUGUUGCGUUGUAAAUGACCAGUGCUUAGAAGUGUUUAUAAAGUGCGCAGAAAAGAAGAGAAAAACCAAAUCGAAAUAGUUUCCAACUUAUUAUGGCUCGUGUCGUAGCCUUAUUUUUAAUAUUUGUGCAUGCUACCAAUUGCUAUCGACUUCCAAAAGAUGUUAUACCAGAGAACUACAAAUUAGAAAUCAUUUCCAACUUAGGAGCACCAAAAGAUAGUUUUAAUUUUGAUGGAAAAGUAUGGAUAACAGUAACAUGCACUCAUCCCACGCAAAAUAUAACUCUACAUUCCAAACACUUGGACAUCAAAGAUGAUGACGUAAUCCUGAAAGACAUCACAAGUAACGACUCUAAGACCGUUAAAAUAUCCAACGUUGAAUUUAAAGAAGAGUUCGAGUUUUUAAUUUUAAAUUUAGAGGAAGAUUUGAAUACCGAUCACAAAUAUGAAAUUUAUAUUGGGUUUUCUGGUAAAAUGGACGACGGACUUGCAGGAUUUUAUAGAAGCAGUUAUUACGAUAAGAAAGACAAGGAAAAGAAAUGGUUGGGUGUUACACAAUUUGAGCCCAUUUCUGCAAGAAUGGCGUUCCCUUGUUUCGAUGAACCUGAGAUGAAAGCUACCUUUGACAUAAGUAUCGGAAGAAAAGAAGGCUACACAGUAAUCAGUAAUAUGCCUGUGCUUAGGACUGAACCAUUGAAAGAAAAAGACGGCUGGUUUUGGGAUCGUUUCGACACCUCAGUACCAAUGUCAACGUAUCUAGUUGCUUGGGUUGUAUCAGACUUCGACUAUAAAUCUGGAAAAUUGGUAGAAAACAACAACGUUACCUUUAGGAUCUGGGCCAGAAAAGAUGCAAUAAAUCAAGUAGAUUUCGCUACAGAGGUGGGACCAAAAUGUUUGGAGUAUUAUGAGAAAUUCUUUGACAUUGAAUAUCCUCUACCAAAACAAGAUAUGAUUUCUAUCCCUGAUUUUAGUGCCGGCGCUAUGGAAAAUUGGGGAUUGAUCACUUACAGGGAGAGUUACUUACUUUAUGAUCCUAAGGUAUCUUCAAAAACCAGUCAAAAUAGAGUCGCUAGCGUCAUAGCCCACGAAUUGGCUCAUCAAUGGUUCGGAAACUUGGUUACGAUGAAAUGGUGGACGGAUCUAUGGUUAAACGAAGGUUUCGCAACGUACAUGGCUAGCUUGGCCCUCGAAGAUCUAUUUCCACAAUGGAAUUCUCUAGAGGAAGAAGAUGCUGAUAAUAUAUUGGACGUUUUCUCGUUUGAUGCACUAAGGACUUCUCAUCCGGUAUCAGUACCAAUCGGAAACCCCAAAGAAAUCGAUGAAAUUUUCGACACAAUUUCCUACAAAAAGGGAUCAUCCCUGAUAAGAAUGAUGACUCUCUUCCUUGGAGAAGAGAUAUUGAGAAAAGGAGUCAGCAACUACCUCAAAAAACACAAAUACGGAAAUGCCGAACAGGAUGAUUUAUGGGAGGCUCUAACUAAGGAGGCUCACAGUCAAAAUGUGCUUCCUAAAAAUUUAACCGUUAAACUUAUCAUGGACACGUGGACUGUACAGACGGGGUAUCCGGUUAUUAAUGUAAUGAGGGAUUACUCAAAGAAAUCGGCUUCUAUUUCUCAGCAUCGCCACCUUAGAGACCUAAUAUACCCCAAAGACGCUUCUAAACCAUGUUGGUGGGUACCUUUAAGUUAUUCAACCAAAUCAAACCCCAAUUUUAAUUCUACAACGCCAAAACAUUGGCUUUCUUGUCCAGAACAUAGUCAAACUAUAGAAGAUUUGGGCGAUGAAAACGAUUGGGUAAUUUUCAACAAUAAAAUGGCAGGAAUAUACAAGGUAAACUACGAUGAGAGAAACUGGAACAUGAUCACGAAGUUCUUGCAGGGUCCCGAUUUUCAAACGAUCCCAACUUUAAACAGAGUUCAGAUCAUUAGCGAUGCUGCAGACUUAGCUUACAUUGGAAGUCUCAAAUACGAGAUCUUUUUCGAGAUGUUGAAGUAUCUUAAGCAGGAAACUGAGUAUAUGCCUUGGAAAGCUGCUAUAGAUAAGACUGACGUCAUUACUAAACAUUUGAAGAAGUCUGCAUCGUACGGAAAAUACAAGGAGUACAUGAGGCAUUUGUUAACACCCAUUUAUGAAAAAUUCGGAGGAUUCGAAGUGACCACCGAUCCAGAAAAAUUAGACUAUAUAAAAUUGCAAGCAUUGAUUGUCAGCAGAUCCUGUGCAUUUGAAGUUGCAAAUUGCGUAUCACAAGCAAAAUCUCUCUUUAAUAAACUUAAAGAAAAACAAUCUGAUAAUGUAAUUCCCAAAGAUCUAAGAAGUGCCGUUUACUGUACCGUUUUAAAACAUGGCGGCGAGGCAGAAUGGGACUUCCUCUGGAACAAGUACCAAAACUCUAACGUAGCAACAGAAAAAAGUACCAUUUUAACCAAUCUCGGUUGUACCGAAGAAAUAUGGAUGCUUGCAAGAUACUUAGAUUGGUCAUUGAAUGACACCCAGAUCAGAAGACAAGACAGUAGUUCAGUAUUCGCCUCCGUUUCAAGAAAUAAUGUGGGAUACUUCAUUGCGAAGAAUUACUUCUAUAAUAAUAUCGAUAAAGUCUAUAAACAUUUACUGACAAAUAAAAAGACACUGUCGAGAUAUUUAUCAGCUCUGUCAAACCAAAUUACCGAUGCCAAAGACGAAAAAGAAUUCGAACGCUUCAUCAAAGGCAACAAGAAGACCUUCGCCGAAGUCAAAAAGGGCGUCGAACAAUCCCUAGAAACCGUCAAAAUCAACAUACAAUGGCAGCACACGCACGCUGAGGAAAUAGCUGACAUCUUGAACAAAUAUUCCAAAUAAACAUAAACACAAGAUUCUAGUAAACAAAAAUUUAUUUGAAUGAUCGAAUUUAGAUUUUUUCAUACUAUUUACAAACAAACCAGCUGUCAUUUAUUUAUUGUUGUCACACUGUAGAUGGCGUGCCAAAUCGACCUAUAAUGAGCACUGUAACGUAUAUAGCUGAUAGCGUACUCUAUGUUCGACAUAGAUUUUAAAUUACUUUUGAAUUUAAAACACUUUUAACGUUUCUUUAACUUUAUAGUGUAUUUAUUUAUAUAUUUUGACACUAGUAAGAUCUGAUAUCUCAACUUUAUGUAAUGUGAAUUAAGUUAAGGAAAGUCUAAUGAAGAAAAAGCAAAAACUAUAACAUGUGCAGCUUGUAAGCAAAACCGCCAUAUACAUACAAAUAUACAAUUUAAUGAUAUUAUUAAAUUGUUUUUGUUAUGGAUAUAACUUUAUUAUUAGGUUAGGUUAAAAUGUUUACUGUGACACAUGUACCAUAGACAUAUAAUCCUUAGACCGAGCGCUGCAAUCUAAAACUGUUCCUUGCUAGUGCGACAGGGAAAAAUGUUUUAAACAGGGUAUGCAUCUCUUUCUAAUCGGCGGCAGUGGGAAAGUCACGUGGUCGAUAAAACUCCGUUGAUUAGAAAGAGAUGCAUACUCUGCUUGCAACAUUUUUCUCUAUCACACUAGGGGAACAGUUUUUGAUUGUAGCGUGCAGUCUAGUUAUAAUAUAUGGGCAGUACCGCAGUACCCAUACGAACCUAACCUAUAAGAUAAGUAAUCAAAAAUGAUCUACAACUUUCUUUUCUCCACAAAAUGAUCAUCUGAUAAUAAUACUACCUUAAGUUUGGUUUACAAAAACUAUUUUGUUAUAAAAUAAACUCAAGAAGACGCCACCAAUGUUUUGAAUUCUGGAUAAUUCUAGUAAAAAAGACUGAACGGGACAUAAACUCAGUAUUUAUGAGAUUUGUAGAAGUUAAGUAUAAAAUAAUGUAGUGGACAUAAAAAUAUGUGCCCUGAUAGUUAGGACAAGUUCAGAGAAGAUCAAAUAACCUUAGAUUUAGUUAGUAGUUAAGUUAGCAUUAGAAAAAGUUGUAAGAUGAGUGGUAAAUAAUAGAAAUUUUUCCAAAAUUGCGCGUUAGGGUAGAAGAACAAGUUUAUGAUGAUGUAGUUUUUUAGAAUAGUUUUUAAAAAAUACAUUUAACAAGAAUACUGUGCUAACAGCUUUAAAGGUUUCCAAAUAUUAAAAAGACAAUUUUACAUUAAAAGAAUCUGAAAAUGUCAAUUCUGAGAUAAGAAAAAGACUAUUUAAGACGACAAACACGAAAAAAAAUAAGCACUGACUUAAACUAACGUAAUUCAACAUUGGGUGUCUUAGAUCCAUUUUAUUACUAUGAUGCUCUUCAACCAAAUCUGAAGAUAUGUUAUAGCAAACUGCAUGUGUUAGUACUUUUCAACAUUCAAACAGUAAACUCUAUCAGCAAAUAUUUGCACUUCAUUCAUUAUGAUCCAUGUGGCACACCUCGCAGUAUUAUUAAAGAAUAUGUACUUAAAUAUGUGUAAUUUUUUAUUAUUUAUAUAAAUUAUGAUGUCGAACAUAAUCUAUUUACAUAUAAUUAAAGUUAAAUAAAAAUAUA